GGAAAAUCUUUCAGAAAUAACUCUCCGGCAUUUGGAUUUCCCUCGUUUUCUUCCACCAAAUCUCUUCCCGUUCAUUGGGUUUCAAUUUUUCGGUCUGAUUUUAUCUGGGUUGUUCUCCUUAUAGGCUGAGGUUGCUGUUUCAUUUUUCUUGAUCGAGUUAUAGAAAAAAGGAGAUGUUUUUGGUUGAUUGGUUUUAUGGGGUUCUAGCAUCACUUGGUCUUUGGCAAAAGGAAGCUAAGAUCUUGUUUUUGGGGCUUGAUAAUGCUGGAAAGACCACCUUGCUUCACAUGUUAAAGGAUGAGAGAUUAGUUCAGCAUCAACCAACGCAGUACCCAACUUCAGAAGAAUUGAGUAUUGGGCAAAUCAAGUUCAAAGCUUUUGAUUUGGGUGGUCAUCAGAUCGCUCGCAGAGUGUGGAAGGACUAUUACGCUAAGGUUGAUGCUGUUAUAUACUUAGUCGAUGCUUUCGACAAGGAGAGGUUUGGAGAGUCGAAAAAGGAGCUCGAUGCUCUCCUCACCGACGAGUCUCUAGCCACAGUUCCAUUUCUCAUCUUGGGGAACAAGAUUGACAUACCUUAUGCUGCCUCAGAAGAUGAGCUGCGUUACUAUUUAGGCCUCACUAACUUGACAACCGGAAAGGACAAGCUCAAUCUAUCUGAUUCCGAUAUUCGUCCCAUUGAGGUUUUCAUGUGCAGCAUUGUCCGGAAGAUGGGUUAUGGAGAAGGCUUCAAGUGGCUGUCUCAAUACAUCAAGUAGUUUAAGAUUGGGUUAUGACAUGAGCAAGAUUGUGGCCAUUCAAGCCCAUGUUUAAGCAUAGUGUUCAUGUAAAAACAGAGUAAUUUUAGCUUUUGCUUUUGUAGCUUUGGAAAUCUAGAGCCACCAGUCCCUUGACUUUUUCAAUGUUACAAGUUCCCAUUUCUAGUUUUGGAUCCUUAAAGAAAGUAAUGUUUGUUUAUUAUAGAGGUAAAUUUAGCAAAUUUACAAUUUGUGGACUAUGAUACUCACCAAGUAAUAAUUCUCUUUUUCUUUUU